GAGGGGGGGCGGGGGGAGGAGUGGGCGGCGGCAGGGGCUUCAGGAAGCGGCAGCAGUCGUGUGUGUAUGAGUUGGCUCUGCUGUCCCGCGGUGACGUUGUGAACGGCAUGAUCCUGCACGGCAGGGCCUCCUGCUUCACAGUGGUGGCGGCAACCACACUCAAGGUCAUGUCCCUCGAGGUGACGGGCGGUAUUGCCUCCCUGGAGCAGCUGCUCGGCCGGGAGCAGGCGGCCAGCCUGAGGGACCUGGUGCUGAGACAGGCUGAGAUGCACCGGGAGCGGGCUGCUCACAUGGUGGCUGUACGGCAGACCUCUGCUGCCCUCAUGGGCGACCGGGGCCUGCCCCCCGCCCCCCUGCCCGACACGCACCUGGCCGCAUCCUUCAUGGCGCACUACGUGCCCGUCACACCCGGGGCGGAGGGGGGGAGCGGGCUGCCGCUGAUGGGCUACGCCGCCGCAGUGGCCGACUCCUCCCUCUUCGUCCCCGGCGCCCUGCAGCACGGCGACGUCAUGAAGCUGGUGUGCGGUGUGGGGCAGGCGGUGGUGGACUGCGCACUGCCCUCGGCGCAACGGGCGGCAGUGGCGGCCGGGGCGGGGGGAGGUGGGGGAGGAACAAUGGCCUCCUCCUCCGUCUCCGGAGGCGGCGGCAGUGGAGCUCCGCAGCCCUCCACCUCCUCCUCCCUCCUGCAGCAGCCGCACCCCCACCCGCAACCCCAGCAGCAGGGCCCCCGGGGUGGUGGUGGCGGCGGCGAUCCCACCCACGUCACCACGGUGGUGGCGCAGCCGGUGCCCAUACCCCGCACGCGCAUGCGGGCGCCCUGUGUGGGGAUGGCCAGGGAGCUGGGGCUGGUGGCACCGCCGCCGGCGCAGAUGCCUCCCUCCCUGGCCUCCGAGCUCUCCUCCCUGGCUGUCUUCCCGGAUCCCGCGGGUGGCAAGUCGCGCAACGGCCGCCCCCGCGCCCCGCACCGCACCAAACUGGGGUUACCCUUCGCGGGGAACGUGGCCAUGCUGGUCCUGGAAAACCACUCCAACCUGGUCAAGGUGGUCAGCCCCGCGCCCUGCGGCCUUGAUGCGGUUAACGCGCUGAGGAAGGCGAACAGCGCGUCGAGUUUGAAUGUGCAUGGAAGGGGAGGGGUGCCACCGGGGAUGAGGGUGAGCGGUGGGGGGGAGGGGAGCUGCGUGGAGGUGUAUGGGGAUGACGGGAGGUACGGCAGUGAGGGGCCGAGUUUAACUGUCGUACUGCCGGAUGUACGAAUGUCGGUUGCAGCGGCGGGGGUGGUGUCAGCAGCGGUUGCCGCCAUGUCAUCUGACGUGGACGCGCGUUGCGAUUACACGUCAUCCUGUGAUGAAGACGACAGCGAUGAUGAUGCCGGGGUUGGCGGUGCGGGCGGCGUUAUCGGAGGUGCCUCCGUUGGGGGGUCCCCGGACUGGUCGGAGGGCUGUACGACAGCAGCAGCUGCGUCAGCAGCACAAGCGGGCGUCUCUUUGUCUUCCUCGGCCCCUGCAGGGGGGCCAGCGAUGACGUCAGCAGCAGCAGCAGCAGCACCAACAUCCUCAUCAAGGGAGAUCAGUCUGGUGCAGGCGGUGGGUUCCUUGGAGGCAGUGGAUCCGAAUAACAGCAGCAGCGGUGGCAGUAGCGGCAUGCAGCUGACAGGAGGUGUGGUGGCGGCGGGAUUGGUGCUUCCCAGCGGCAGCGGCAGCAGCGGUAGUCCCCAUGAAAGCGGCAGCGUCCCCGACCUCCCCUGGCGCUCCGUCCGCCCCUCCGCGCAGUCCUCCUCCGCCCUGGCCUCCUCCUCGCAUCCCUCCCUGGUGUACGGACAAGGCAGUUUCUCCACCGGGGGAGCAGCAGGCGGCUCCUCUCUGUCACACGUGGAGCCCCUCACGCUGGCGGCAUCCAAAUCCACCUCCCAGCUACACCCUGCCAACCACCCCAACCACCACACCUACAGCCCCGCACCUGCCGUACAGUCCUCCCUCGCCUCCCUGGGGCCCUCCCCCUCCUUCCCCUCCUACUCCGGACCCCAACGUGCGGCCUCCAUGAGCAGUGCCGCCAUGGCGGGCCCCCCGGGCACCCCACUGGUGGCGGGGCAGGCGCACGUGCCGCCCUCGCUGCCAUACCUGAGGGCGGCGCCGGCGCCGGGGACUCCCGGUACGGCAGGCGCGCUUCCCUCGCCUGCGCUGAUCAAGACGGCUGUCGUACAGCUCGCGUCGUCUGAAGCAACCGCCAAGCUAACCGCCAACCGCCUAACGACCAUCAUGUCAGCCGGACCGUUAGCGGCCGGCAGCGGCGCAACCACCGCCUCCGCCAACAAAACAACAACCGCCGCCGCUGCUGCUGCUGCUGCUGCCUCUAUCACCGCCACCGCCGCCGCUACCAUCACUAGCAGCGGCGGCGCUGCGGAUCCCUCUCGCGCCGCCUCCGCCCCCGCCACUGACCCCUCCUCUUCCGCCGCAACAGCAACAACCCUAACCACCCAACUAACCGUCAACCGCUCUCAAUCCCAGCCACGUGCGCAACCCUCGGACCCCAACACAACCCCCGCAGCAGCAACAACAGCAACCUCAGACCCAACGACCUUGUCCAAACACUUGCAUGAAAACGUCAUCAUUCUGCCACGUAUGGUCUUUUACGAGGGCGCGGCAUUUGAGAGCGGCGGCGUCAACUCUCCUCGCGGCGGCCUACGGCAGGCGGCAGGUCUAACCGCCGUCACCUCCUUCUCCGGUAGUGCCCCCUCCUCUCCCCGCGGCAGCUUCCGAGGGGCAGCGGCUGCGGGCAAGGGAGCCGCCUCCCCACGUGGCUCCAACGGCUUCCCCCUCCCGCCCAUGCCCGGCCGCUCUCCAUCCUCCCCCAACGCCGCCGCCUCCCUCCCCGUCGGCUCCCCACAUACCACCUACGCACUACCCGCCAUUCCGGGCUCCUCCUCAGCCGGCGCGGCUGCUGGUGCUGCUGCGGGUGGCUCCUCCUCCAGCCCCUCCUCCUUCUCCCCGCCCAGACAAGCUCAGGACGGCAACGCCCCCUACGAUCAGCAACAGCAGCAACCGCAGCGCUCCUCCCCCGGCCGUGUACGAGUCAUGGACGCGCCGGCAGCCGCCUACCAGUUCGGCGUCCCACGGGACCUGCUGGGCUACUAUUCCACUGCUAACAAGGCGUUCGUGCCGACGGGGGACGGCCCGGUUUUCACGGGGGGACUCGGCGGCCGGGGGGCUCGGUACGCAGCGGGCGGCGGAAAUCGCCAGCGGGGCGGUGACGGCGGCGGCGGCGGGCAGAGGCGUUACGGCGGCGUGUCGUUGCGGGACCUUGCGGGGGUGAAUGGGCUGCCGGGGCGCAACCGCCGGCGGGGGGGUGGAGCGGGCGGCGGCGGGGCGGGGAAGCCGCUGGUGGAUGGACCCGAGCUGCCGCUGGAGAUGGACACGGAGGCCCCCCCGCUGGCCAACCACAAGCUCUCCGAGCCCUCCCUGGACGACCUCAAGUACAUCCUCUCCCGCUGGUCCACCACAUGGUCCCAGGAGCGCACCGAGCUGCGCAUCCUCAGCCGCCUGGGCCGCCGCGAUAACGACAAGACCGCGCUGUCCUACCCCGGCAGCAACACCGCCUCCGCACUCGCCUCGUCCUUGCAUGCAUCCGACCAGGCAGCGCACCGCAUGGCAACAGCGGCAGCAGCAGCAGCAGCGGGCUAUGGUGUGGGGGGUAACAUCAGCAGCAGCGGUAACCCGGGUCAGCCGGUUCGGCUGCCGACGCCGGUUGAGUUGUCGCAGUUUGGGUACUCGUUGGACGACAUGGGGGCGGUGUUUGGUGUAGGUGCCAGGCAGAAGGGCGAUGAGAUGGUGGGGAUGGGCGGGUAUCGGAGGUCGCUGGCGGGUCAGAUGCAGGCGGGGGCGGGGGGGAAGUACGGACCUAGGAGAACGGGGACAAGCACGGGGACAGGCACGGGUACGGGUACGGGUGCUAGUGAUGGCGGUGGUGUGGCGGUGAGGGGUUAAUGGUGCCGUGUAUUCGUCUCGGUGCUAAGAAGUGUGUUAAGAAGAAGAAACCUGGUGCUGGCGUGUUGCGGCGUGAGUGGGUGAGAGUUGACUGCGUGACGAGUAAGCACGAGGUGCAAUGUACCUCGCCUUGCUUUCUCUUGAGCGCGCUUGGACUGGCUGGGACGGCAGGCUAGCUGGGGGGGGGGGUUCCAGGUUGCAUGCCACCAACAAAUACCAUAAGCAGUGCUUACCUUACCAAUACCACUAACGCAGGACAGUACAUGUGUAUGUUCCUUGCAUGCUUGCUUGAUAGCAGCGCGUGUUUCAGAAGGACGUGGUGGCUGCGUGACCUGUCAAUAAGCAACAUACUACAACUAAUGCAAAGUAUUGUACAUUAAGAGUGUUAUGCGGUAUUAUUGAUUGUAUGCUGGGGUGAACUGCCGUAUGCAGUGGGCUGCUGGCGAUGCUGGCAUGCGUAUUGGACCUGCGAUGUUCCCAUCGUGCUUCUAGCCGUUAUGUGUUACUCGGGGUAGGGGUGCGCGACUUGCUUGGCACGGCAUGAUGGGGUCGCGAUUGGUUGCUUGUUGAUAUCCGUGUGCAUUGAUCGCUCGAAAUGCCGGUAAGGUACCAUUCAUAUCUGUCUUUGAGCGUGUCGGAGCGUGAUUGGAGUUUUGCUUGGUCACACACAAGGGGCAGCUGAGGUUGCAAGGUCACAGACGGCUUGUUGUUUUACCCAUGUGUGUUUUUUCUUCAGUGCGCUUGGGUGCAGCCCUGGAGGGUUUGUCUUGCUUCCUGGUUCGUGUGUGUGUAUAAGUACGUCCGAUGCUUAUACCAGUGAGGGGCAGACUUAGAUGGGGCAAACUUUACGCUUGCAAUCGAUGACGGCAUUUGCGGUUGACGGGGAUAUACCCGUAGUACCCCACUGCUGUUGAAGUCUGUUGGCCUUGUUGAGGUAGCGCUUGCUUUGGUACGGCAGCUAAUGUUCCGUACAGCUCUUGCUCGUACUACACACGUGACAGAUGGUGGGCAUCAAACGCGAGUGCACGGGUGUUGGAUGUCGUUUCCAAUGUUCUUCUUCGGACCUCACGAACUGAAUUUCCUCUGCGACAGAGGAGUCCCAUGCGUGCAUGUGUCGGCGGAAUAAGGGCCUUUCUGUGCCGUCCUGUGUGUGCGUGCGUGCUUGGCUGACUGGCGCUUUUGACACACGGCUUGUGUGCGAUGCAGAUGUUGCAUUUGAUGCACUUUUGCAUACCUGGUUAGUAUGCUUCACCUGGUCGAAUGUGUGGGAUAAGCGCUGGGAUAAUAGCCAAACCACCUGCGUCGAAGCAGGUUUUAGGAGGGGCGCUGCACGUAGCUCCCAAUGAAAGUAUCCUGAGCUGUGUCGUACUGGAG